UCGUCCGCGGUGAGGCUACGUUUCUCUCUCGCGAGUUCCGAGUCUACUUUUACGGUGAUCCUUCGGAAACCGGUUUGAAAGUGCCUGAGGUGUGGCGUGGGCGACCAAGCAUCGUCCAACCGUAAAACAAUUACGUUACAGUUUAAAAAAACUCAUCCGUGCUCGUUUUUGUUACUUCGAAAGUGUUGUGGCCAACAUCAGGAUUCACUAUCUACAGUGCGAGCGGGCGAGCUGUGAAACCACGUGUGACAGAAGAGGAUAGAUACAGUGUUCGAAUCGAAACCAGUUUGAAAAAGGAAUAGUGACCGUUUUCGAUCGGGUCUAGUGAUGCUAGUGCGCCAUUGGUGUUUCAUAGUGUAGUGUACUUUUUGAAAGUGGAAUUCAAGAUGGCGAUUAUUCCCGCGCUUUUUGGACUGCUAAUGGCCGCUUUUGUAUCAGGCCAGCUCAUCUCCAUCGAGCCACAUGAGGCCGUAAGGAGAGUAGGGGACAACCUCACUGUGCUGUGUAAAGUCAAUUAUCCUAUUGACUCUUGUCGGAUAACCCUGGGACCAGCCCAGACUUCAUAUCGAUUGAUACCCGACAAGAAUGAUGCUUCGGAGAACGUCAUAUACGCUGGGAGGGGGCUGGAGUCCGGCGAAUGCGGUGCUCACAUCCGUCUUGUGUCAGAAGCCCUGAACGGGAACAUAUCCUGCACCCUGCCUCCUGAACGAGGGUCUGUGGAGAUCACGGCUGCCAUGAGGCUUAUUGUAGCCAGACCCCCCGGCGACCCCCGCCUGGUCUCCCCGCCAGCCCCGUCGUUCAAGGAGGGCGACAGGUUCCUGGCGCAGUGCGUGGUCCCAGACGGCAGACCAGCUGCCAAGAUCACCUGGUACCUGGACGACAAAGAACUGCAAGAAGGUCUAUACAAACCUGAAGUCACGAGUUCCCCAGGGAGCGACUUGCAGACCGUCUCACAGAACAUCAGCAGGGUGGUCACGGCGGACGACAACAACGUGGUCCUGACCUGCCGGGCGGAGCACGAGGCGUUACAGCAAGUCAGAGAGGCGAAGAGGCAGAUUAUUGUACACUACGCGCCAAAACGUCUCGAAUCCAACACGAUCACGAUAUUCGGACUGAAGUUGGGCGCCGAGGGCCGCCUCAACGUGACCGUGCGCGCCAACCCGCCGCCGCGCGCCGAGUGGAACGUGGGCUCCCAGACUAUCUCGCCCGCCGAGAGCUCGGCCGGCGCCGUCACGGCUAUACAGCCGGUGCAUUUGGGCGGCGGCUACUACAACGUCACUCUCCUGUUAUCCCACAUCGAAAAAGAGGACGUGGACCGCAAGUACUACCUGCGGGUGUCCAACGAGCUCGGAUACGAGGAGUUCACGGUGCUCAUCAGCACCCUUGACGAGCCCACUGGAGUGGAGCUGGAAGCUGGUGCGAUAGUGGGCAUCGUGAUCGCUGUGCUUCUCCUGCUCAUCGCUAUAACCCUCAUCGUUUUCGCUAAAGCCACCGAUAGAUGGUGCUUUGCCGGGCGUUCGCAUCACACGGAUAUCCCGGACGGGGCGGACUCGGAGGCUCCCCUCCCCUCCCACGACGACAUCAAGGGCUCCGAGAACCCCUCCCAUGACCACGGGGAGUACAUCAGCAAUGGCGACACGAAGCACCCGGAGAAAAAGCCGGACACGGCCGUGUAAAUUUGUAAGUCGACUCCGGACCUCUCCUCUGAUUUGAUAUAAGACUCGGGUAAGAUCGUGGCGCAAGUACCGACUUGCGAUGAAUUUUUUUUCAAUGACAUUAUCCACCGGGAUAUUGUCUUUAAAAACAAAAUCAUCGAUGAAAUUGGUUAAUUUCGAAAGUGAAAAUUUUUGAACGAAACAAAUUGAACUUUUGCAUCUUUUUUAUUUUGUUUGCAUUGUCCUUUUUGUAAAAUGUAAAAUUACAUCUACAGAAACGUGAAUUUGCAAAAAUUACUUUGAAAAUGACCGAUUUCUUAUUUAAGUAGUGAAUUCGAACUGCGUCACAACUUAUAAAAUUUUCGGUAACUUUGAAUUUUGUGGAGUAAUUACAAAGCGCUAUACAUAAUUCAUUAGCGGCUUCAAAUCAAUUAAUCGACUUUUGUAAAAACGUUUACUCGGUAGUUUUAUAUCUUGUUGAAGUUAAAGAGUUUUUGAAUUUACUGUCACUCUUAAUACUUUUUUGUUAUUAAGCACUUAUUGUAAUGUUGAAAUUUUAGUUUCAAUAUCUUGGUAUUUAAAGAAUAACUUAAAAAAAUCAACAACGCGACUGUUGAAAUAAAUGAGUCAAAUGAAAAGAGCUACUUAAUACAUUUCUAUGUUGGUCUAGUUUAAAAUAAAUGUGAAUGGAACUAAGCCGUGUGGUUCCCGGCACAAAUAGAAAAAUAGACAAGGACCACUCCUUCUCUUUUCCAUGUAUGUCGUAAAAGGCUUCUAAGGGACAUGCUUUAAACUUGGGAUUCUUCUUAGUCGAUGAGCUAGCAACCUGUCACUAUUUGAAUCUCAAUUUUAUCAUUAAGCCUAACAGCCGAACGUGGCCCAUCUGUCUUUUCAAGAUUGUUGGCUUUGUCGACCCCGCGAGGGAUAAAGACGUGACUAUAUGUAUGUAUAAAACUAUAAGUAUAUUAACAUAGAAUUUUAUUAAUUGACUCAUACACAUUUGUGUGUUUUCUUAGACAUUUAUUUGAAGCUAGAUGAUUUGUACAUUUUAGGUAUGAACUUAUGAACAUUUAAAAAGAGUGACAGUUUUAAUUUUAAACAUUUUGUAACUUAAAUUUGUUCACAACUUUGAAAUGGAAUAAAGAUGGGGAGCAGUAGAUAGGGAUAGAGAGAAUGGAACAUUGACGUAUUUUUUUCUUAAUUUUGCUUAUAUUUUCUGUGCCAGAUUUAUUGAAGGCGAUAUUUAAAUGUCUAUUGAUAAGUUCUUUUUUUAAAAUAGAUUUAUCGAAAUUAUAUAAGCACAUCGGAUUUAGAUAAAUUGAAAUUUUUGACGAGUUUCCUUAAUAAUGUUGUCCAGAUAUUUAGAAUUUUAGAAUUAUAUUAAGAAUACCAUUUCAACAGCUUGGUUAUUGUGACUGUAUAUCUUAUUAAUUUAAGUUGUAUUAUUAAUUUUAUAAAAUAUUUGUAACUACUUAAAAUCAAUUUCAUGAAUGUAUUACCUACAUAUUACUUAUUAAAAAUAAACAUUAAUCGUUAUUUAAAAUAAAAUUUUAACUCGUUUUCUACUGCUAAUGUCACCAACAUUUCAUUUUAACAACUCAUGUAAAUAAUCUGCAGUAUAAAAACAAGUGGAAAUAUUUGUAUAAGAAUCUCAUUAAGUUUAAAACAACGAAUUCCCAACGUGUAAUAUUAAUAUUAAAUCGAAUUUGUAAUAAAUACCUUAUAUUUAAAUAUUAUCAUUCAAGUAUUACGCCACGACUGACAUGCAAAUAUUUACGAAUAACUAAUGAACAUCAAUCAACAUGGAUUAAUAUAAUGUUUAAUGAAGGAAUGAAUAUAACAUCGAAAAUACUUGACAAUGGCAAAUGUUGUGGUUUAUACUUGUUUGAUAAAAUUCUAAAUAUCAAGAAGUAUAGAUGAAUGAUGAAUUCGAUAAUGAGUUGUCUAAUGUUAAUAAUAAGUACAUCACAUUCAAUUGCCAGUCGGAACAAGUGACGUCAAUAAGUGAUAUCUUGUAUCCAAUUUUGAAAAUAAAUCUAUUCUAUUCUAACAAUCCAUCUGGUAUAUACAACUUUAUUCUGGCAAUUCAGUUACUACGUCCACAAUUCGGAUUUUGAUGCGCAGUCUUGCCCUCACUAACGUCCAGUGAUGAGUUAGUAAAAAAUCCAAAGGAACUCCCUUACAUUGACGUCUUUGAUUCCGUUCGAUAAAAAAAUCACCAUAUAUAAAUAACUUUCUUGAUAGUUUUAAUGACAGAUUUCCAAUAAUAAUAUUGAAAAUUCUACAAUAAUCGUAAUAAGUACGUAUUCUUACUUAGAUAGCAUACUACACUCAAUAUUAGGUAUAUAUCGUUAAAAAAGGGAUAUUUUGCAAAUCGUAGAAAUUCUAGGAGACGAGACAAUUUAAAUUUUUUGAUCAAAUUUGAUUAAUUUCACUUAAUUAUUCCUUUUGAAUAAACGUUGAAACAUUUCUUAUUAUACUAUAUAAUAUAGUCUAUUAUAUUAUUUUAAGGUAUAACUAUUUCCUCAUUUCGCUGUGCAUUUAUCUACAACUUGCAUUUUAUAUAAUGUUUAAUUAUAUACACUUUGAGAUUAUUAAGAAAAUCGAUGUCAUAUUUUUUUUUUCAAUAUACCUUGAAAUAUUUACCUUUUAAUUGUAUUUUGAUAUUAACUGUUGUCACAAUACUAUAAUUAUGUUUAUACAUUUUGAUAACCGCUUAAUCCUUUUUAAAUCUCACAUGUAUUUUAGUUAUUUUAGUAAUUAUUGUGUUCGAACCACCAUUUUGUACGUUUACUAUAUUUUUGUAUAUACAAUGCUUCGAAUUAAGUUUUUAUAUAGUAAUACUAAGAUUCAAAACUCUUUUAAAUACUUAAGAUUUUUUUGUAUUUAAAACUAUAAAGAUGAAAUAGAAAAAUGGCUUUUUGAAAACUUUUAUUUUUGUAAAAAACAAAAAUAGUCGUAAUUUUAGUUGUUUAAGUCACCAUUGUGAUUUUUUUAGUAUUUUAGGUACAUUUUUAGUAAUUAUUUUUGUACCAAUUUAGUUCUAUUUUUGUACGUUUAGCAACACUGAACAGUCAAUUAAUGAUAAAAAUGACUUGAGAAACACUGCCAUAAGCACGCCAAAACAAUGCUUCUAAAAUUAGCUCAAUGUUACAGUUUUUAUUGACACUAUAAAAUUUGUCGGAACAAAAACGUUUUUCACUUAUAUUUUAAUUUUUUUUUAUUAUUAUCAUACUUUUAUACAUUCACCAAGUUUAAAAGAAAAGUGUUUAAAAAAAAACAAAAUCUAUAAAACAUGAUAAAUUGAUGUGUGUGACAAUGAGACUAUUAUACAUUCUUAAAAAAAAACUAAUUGAAUUAUUCAAACUCUAACUUGAUAAAAAUACGCAUGCGUAGUGAUUAUAAUAAAAAUGUUAGUUCUGACAAGUUUUGUACGAUUCAUUCUUCAAUUUGAAACGUUUUUUAUAUCGAUCGAUAUCUAUAACUGCGUCGUUUAAGCUAUGUUGAUACGAUAUGAAUAUAAAGUAUUUAUUAAAUAAGA